CCGUCUGACGAAUCUCUUUCUCUCUUUCUCUCUUUCUCUCUUUCUCUACUGUCACCGAUACCAUUGCACGCCAUUUUUUUCCUUUUUCUUUUUCAUAUAGGUACCAUAAUCUUAGCUAAAUACCCUUUAACCAAAUCGUCCAUGAACCUUGGACCUGACCUCCUCUUUAGGAUCUUGGAAGCUUCGUAGGAAGAGGAUGGUAUUUUUCACAAAGGAAGCUAACAAGGAACUUAGGAAUUGGUAAAUGGAUUCUAAUUGAAUUUUUUUCUCUUGUAAGUGAUAUGAUACAGUGGUUAGAAAACAAUGUGAAUAUUGCUGUUGAUCAGAAAUCUAAAAGAGGUAGGCUAAAUUUUAGAGGGAUGGCGGCGUGCGCUGAGUCUCUGAAUAACUGAUCCUCUGCGGACUAUGUUAUAAUUGUUUUAACAUCUUGUAAACAUCUUAUACGUAUAAAUUGUACAUCUUACAAUUAGUCAGGGUUUUAAUAAAAUAACCUGAUCGCAAAAGAAGAAAAAAGAAAGUAGUGCGUAUGCGUACUCGUGAAAAAAAAAUUAUUUGGGUCAAAUUCAUUUUGGAGGUUCCCUUUCUCCGUUCGAGGAUGAAACUUCCUCGCAGGAAGUGGAAGACUUACAGUUUCGUAACAUAAAGAUGCACACGAUACCCUUCUCUUUCCGAGCAAAUCGUUAGUGUCAUUGAUUCACGUAUUUUACGCGUCAUCGAUCAACACGAUCACCGAUUUUCACCGUUUAGCAUCGUUUCUACUUGUUAACUCAAUUCUUGCACAAUAGUAGACUUAUGUUGCAGGAAAUAGUAAUGAAAAAAGUUUCAUGAAAUUCGGAAGAAAUCCAAAGAAAAUUUUCUUUUCUUUUUUUUACCCCCAGCAAUUUACGUUAAACGUUUAUUAAAAAUGAUGAUGCCAAUGAUAAAGAGAAUUCCAUGAGAACCGCUGUAAACGGAGAAUCACAAGGAAGAGUGGACGAUUUAAUCGCGACUUCAGGAUGGCUCGCGAUGCCACCAACAACCACGUAACCAGCCUCGUAAGUCUGGUGAAUGGGAAAAAGGAGAAGUGUCGUUUGUGUCCAUACGUAUCCAUACGUAUCCAUACGUAUCCAUAUUGUACAUAUGUAUGUGUAUGACUGAACGCCGGACGUCCCACUAGGAGAACGAACCGCUCGGAGGUAGAAAGGUUCGCGGAUUCUUUCGUUCGAUCGAAAUGCGGAACGGCCAUGGGAACAUGGAGUAGAAUCCUAAACAGAGUAAAAAGUAACAGUGCGUUAGAAAGGGAGUUUUCAAGAAAUCGAAAUUCAACCGGGUGUCGUCAAUUGCAUCAACGCGUUCGCUACAGUGCUUAGGGACAAAGUACACCUUCUUCAGUCCACAUCCCUAACGAAGCCUACCCUGUUAGUUACUCUAACGACCAUACUUGCAUGACAUACUGGGCUCAUCAAAUUGAUCGACAACCAAAACACAUAUACGAAAACCAAAGCAGCAGUUUAAAGAAUAUACAAGUGCCUAUCCACAAGAAGCCCUGGGUAUAUCAUCAAGCAAAAUAGGCUCACCUUGGAGUGUAAUGGGCUUUUCUCCCCCGUAUAUCGUUAUUUUCCUGAGAAACACGUACGAGUAAAAGUGGUAGAACAUGUUGACUAUGAGAAGCCAUCGUUACAGGUACGAAUUAUCCUUUUGUCAGGAUAAGUAUGUGUGUGUGUGUGUGUAUAUAUUUAUAAACGGUCAUGGGAAAAUGGAUCAGAACCUCAGAGAGCGUGGAGGAGACUUACAAAAGAGAGGCAGCACAGACGCGUUAGAAAGGCAAUUUUGUAGGGACAUUUAUGGGUCACAUGAAAUCUUCCUUUAUAGAAAGCGUUCCAGGAAAAGAGAAAUGUUUUCUUAGAUGAUCAAAUAAUUGUGUAAAAGUGAUCAAGGAAUAAAGAAGGAAUUUUCCAAGUGGAAAACUUUAAGGAUUUAUUAUAAAAAGAAAAGGCUUUAUUUGGUCAAGAAUAAAUUCAACUAGAGAAAUCAUCCAUCUGUUAUUAUGAGAAAAUCCCAAGAAAACUAAUGGAGAGAUAUGAAGAUUCCAGGAAGAGCAUAUAGAUAGGAAGAAUCUAAUCCAAAACCAUUUAUCGUCGUUUUAUUUAAAGGAAACCUAAAUUGCAUAGCUUUUGAUUUUCAACAGAUUCUGUGGCUUGACGUUUCAACAUUCUUCUAUUAAAUUCUUCCUGAAACUGAAUCGACUCGCAAUUAUAAUCUUAUUUCUUUCAUCAGUUAAAGUUACGUAAUGACUUUUUGCUGGAGGUGUGCCCUAUUUUACGACUUGAGCAAUCUAGAAGAUCGACUUCUUUUCUCUCACAAGGCAAUAGUCGUGAAAUUAUCAGAAAAAGUAUAUUUACUCUGUAACUAAAAACCGUAAUGAGAACGACCUGAGAUGAGAAUUUUUCAAUCUAAUGAAAAUUGUAGGGGAUAAUAUUGAUAAAUUGAGAGAAUACGUAAGGAUACGUUGAUAAAUUUAUUAUAAAUACAUUGUAUGUAUUAAAAUUAAAUAUUGUCACAGCUGUGUUAUCGAUAAGAAAUAUCUGAGUAUUUACGUAAGUAAGUAGUUUAACUUUUUUUAACGAUCUAAUACUUAUACAUAUGUAUAACUGGUAAAUAAGGGAUCUACUCUAUGUACAUAUAUACGAAAAAUAUGGCCAUCUAUCGGCUAAUGACGAAAAUUUAAUGCCUCCGGCUGAUGCAAAUUGAUGGUUAUGUUCUCCACGGUUUACAUUUCAUCAGCUAAAUAAUAUAAACAGCUUGAUUGAUUUAACAUUUAUUUUAGUGAUAUGUAUUAGAAUUAAUUUAUAUACUUUUCAAAUGAAUAGAAAACUAAUUAAAAAUGAGUAGGAUAUUGAGGUUACGUUUAUUUACUAAGAAUAAGAGUUUUAACAACCGGCGUUUGCAUACUGCAAAAUACGUACUAGACGCUGAAAAUAGACAAUUAUACGAAGAUAUUUUUCCUGAUAUUUAUGUAAAUGAAAUAAAAGCGUUAUGGAGGAAACCACCGCAGUGUGUUUACGCUGGAUUCGAUCCAACUGCAGAAAGUUUACACGUAGGAAAUCUAUUGGUCCUUAUUAAUCUUUUACACUGGCAACGCUGUGGUCAUCGAGUAAUUAUUUUACUAGGAGGUGCAACAGGUUUAAUCGGUGACCCAAGUUACAGAAAGUCUGAACGUGUUGAAAUUGAAGAAAUUAUACUGAAAGAAAAUCUGAAUAGCAUUAAAGAGAAUAUUGUAAAUAUUCUUAGAAACCAUCAAAAAUAUUUUAAUAAAGGUCAAAAGAAUCUGCUUCCUGUACAGAUACUUAACAAUAUAGAAUGGUAUAAAGAUAAGAAUGUACUCUCUUUUAUUAAAGAAAUAGGAAAAUAUUUUAGAAUGGGCCCAAUGUUGGGUCGUGCGUCUGUACAAUCCAGAUUACAAUCUGAAAAUGGAAUGAGCUUUACAGAAUUUACUUACCCGCUAUUUCAAGGAUACGAUUGGUUACAUUUGCAGCAGACUUAUAAUUGUAAUUUUCAAAUUGGGGGUCAAGAUCAAAUGGGUAAUAUAGUGUCCGGAUAUGAUCUAGUAAGCAGAUACAUUAAAAAACAUGUUUAUGGAAUGACAUUGCCUCUAGUUACAUCUGAAGGUGGGAAAAAAUUUGGGAAAUCUACCGGCAAUGCAGUUUGGCUUUCUCCCUCAAAAUCCUCAAGUUUUCAAUUAUAUCAAUAUUUCGUUAGAACCGAAGAUGCCGAUGUCGAAAAGUUUCUUCAUUUUUUUACGUUUUUACCUAUACGCUACAUUAAUGAAAUUGUAGAAGAACAUUUUAAAAAGCCAGAACUUAGAACAGCACAAAAGAUUCUUGCAGAAAAAGUUACAUUAUUAGUACAUGGAGAGGAUGGACUAGUAGCAGCAAAAAGAGCAUCGGCUGUUCUUUAUGAAAAUUCACUGGAAUCAUUGCAAAGAAUGAAUGCAGAUGAAUUAGUUCAGUUACUAGACGGUGCUACUGUAGUACAAGUUUUUGCUGAACCAGGUAUCAACGUUUAUGAAUUAGCGAUGAAAGCUAAGUGUUUUAAGACCAGUCACGAUGCAAGGAGGAUUAUCGAAGGUGGUGGUUUUUAUAUUAAUUAUCAAAGAAUAACAAAUACAGAAGAAGUUAUUGUACCUGGAAUACAUAUAUUGAGUAACAAUAUAUCGCUUCUCAGAGUUGGAAAAAGAACGUAUCAUAUCAUACGAUGGUUGUAAAAUAAUAUGUUCUUCUUUCAAAAUAUGUAUAAUUUGAUACAUUAUUGAAAUGUAUUAAAAUUCCAAGUUUUCCGACGCGUUUUAGAAGAAAAAAAAAAAAAAAAGUACGAUGUGUUUUUUCUUAUUAGGUAAGGAAUUGUUUCAAACAUACAUAUAUAUAUAUAUUUUAUUUAAUAUUUAAUAUUUAAUAUUGGAGAAAUAUAUAAAUAUAAAAGAGAUUUUUACAAAAUUAUUAAAUUAAGGAAUCUUCUGACCGAAUAUAUUCUCCUAUGUCAGCUUGAUGAAAGCACACUGUUGCUGUUGGAUCCGCAUACUUACAAUCCAUUGUACUUUUUGCUGUGACGCCAAAACCCUACAAUAAUAAUCACGAUUAUAUGGAAAAACUAAUAAUUUAAAUUUAAUAUAUUAAUUACCAGUGGUAUGUUAUUUGUGGAAAAAAUAACCACUCCUUGAUAUUGGGGUGUAUUUUCUGUAAUUCGACUUAAGCCGCCCUUAGAAACGUGAUGCCCAUAUAAAAAUUGCUGUUCAGCAGAUGGUUUCAGCCAAAUUUUAUACUAGAAUAGAAAAUUAAAGUUAAAAUUAAAAUUUAGUAAUCAUUUUCAAAACUUAUAGCUUCGAGUUUGAUCAUAAUAAUAAUAAUAAUAAUAGCGACAUGAAAUUUUAAAACAAUGUAAGAAAUUAUAUAAUUACUUGCGCAUAUGGUGCCAGAUGAUACAACGCUGUAAUAUGUAGCCUGAAUUUUCCAGAUUUUGUAAAUUUUCCAAAACAUGUUCCAAAACUUAUUAGAUGAUCUGAGCUUAUCAUACUUGCUAAUGGUAGAAUUUUCUCAGAAACAUAAUAUACUCUGUCUUUUCUUAACCGAAAACAAUAAAUCCCAUCUGGACGGUCAAUUAAUAAUUUUACAUUUCCUCCAAUACUAAAAAAAAAA